AUGAUGGUGAUGGGGAAGCUGCGGCACCCCAACAUCCUGCGCCUGCUGGGGGCGUGCAUAGCAGACGAUCAAAUGGCCAUGAUCUACGAGUUCAUCCCCUGUGGGGACGUGCACGAGCUGCUGGAGGACGGUACGCGGGGUGUGGGUGGGGCUGUGCGCGAGUGCUUUGGGCUGUGCAUGUGUGGAUAUGGGGCUGGGUUGCUGGGCGCGUGCAUAUGGGACGACAACAUGGAUGGCGGUGAGAGGCUGGAGAGAGGUGAGAUGCUGGAGGGAGCACGCAAGGGCAAGGAGGAGUUCCGAUGGGACAGAGGAAAGGUGGCCAUGGGGUGUGCCGAUGCUCUCUCGUUCAUCCACGGGCAAUCAACCAUCGGCCCCCCUCGUUUUCUCCCCCCGCUCCUCACAUACCCUCCCCACGGGAGAAAAUGGGGUGUACCUUCCCCCUCGUUUUCUCCCUCCGCUCCUCACAUACCCUCCCCUGCUCUCUCUCCCCUUCCUUUUGCAGCACGUGAGGGCAAGGAAGAGUUUAAGUAUGAGGACCGAAUGGAGGUGGCCAUGGGGUGUGCGGAGGCCUUUGCAUUCAUCCACAGCAAUCAACCAUCGACCCCACAUUCCCUGCUCCCCCUCCCCCACUCAUAUCGACUCCCCCCCUCCCGCACACGCACAGCGCGAGAGGGCAAGGAAGAGUUUAAGUAUGAGGACCGGAUGAAGGUGGCCAUGGGGUCGCGAGAGGGCAAGGAGGAGUUUAAAUAUGAGGACCGGAUGAAGGUGGCCAUGGGGUGUGCGGAAGCUUUGGCGUUCAUUCACGGGCAGGAAUACGUGCACCGCGACUUCAAGGCUCCCAACGUGCUGCUGGCAGAGGGCCUGUCCCCGCGGGUGGCCGACUUUGGGCUGGCGAGAAUAGUGGAGAACUGGAAGGACCAUGGCCUGUCCCCGCGGGUGGCCGACUUUGGGCUGGCGAGAAUAGUGGAGAACUGGAAGGACCAUGGCCUGUCCCCGCGGGUGGCCGACUUUGGGCUGGCGAGAAUAGUGGAGAACUGGAAGGACCAUGUAACGACCCGCCAUCACCCCCUUCUGUCGCCCUCCCACUCCCCCCCUUUCGUUCCCACCCUCCGUCUCCCCACCCCAGGGCCUCUCACUCACUCAGCAAUGAAGACCCGUCAGUUCUUCUCUCUUUCCUUCCACCCCUCUGUUCUCUCCCCCCCAGGCUACCUGAACGAGCACUGUGACACAUUUGCCUUUGGCAUUUUCCUCAUCGAGCUAGCCACAGGCCACUCAGUCCUGGAGGCCAAGUUCGACGAUGUGGUGAACGGUGCCGUGCGGUCGGAAGCGGUGGAGCCGGGUGCGGUGAUGGACCCGCGUCUGGAGGGGCAGUGGAGUGAGGAGCAGGCGAAGACGCUGCUGGGAGUGGCGAAAGUGUGUAUCACGACGGAUUGGGAUGACCGACCCACCAUGGAUAACGUGGUUGAGAUGAUGCAGGGGGUGAUGGGAUGA